AUGUUUAACCACGUGAUGGCGCCAAAUGACCAGUUUACAACCAAACCGAGGUUAAGUGACGUCAAGAAUGUGACUAGAAAAUUGUUGCUAAAUCAGUAUUUAUUUUUGUAAAUUAAUCAAAACUUCAUUAUCGCAUAAUAAUUUGUAUAACAAAGGCAUUUUAAAUCAAAAGGGUUUUUACGACAACAUUAGUAUUAGUAGUUUAAAAUACAGAUGCGCGUGAACAGCAGUUAAACGGACUCUUUUAGUUUGUGAACUGACCUCAGCAGUCGCUAACUGACUUCUAAAGAACCGUGUACAAACGAACUCAUUCCCCUCAGUUUAUUUACUCUAAUAUACUUACCUCACAAAUUUAGAUAUAUAUAUAAUUUUUUUAUUUACGUUUUAUCAACUGGCGUCGUAAUGAGUGUGAUACUUGAGUCAUCAUUCAGCAUCGAAGAUAUUAUAAAUACUCCGGAAAGCCCAGCAUUUGGUCUUUUUAUAGGCAGGCGGGCAGAACCGAAACCAGCGGAGCUGUUAAUCAAACUCAGGAAGCUACAACAAGCCAAAAGACACUUUGAAGAUGAAGUGAAGGAAACUAUGCUCCUCAGAGGUGCUAGGAAGGAGGAGGAAGAUGCAUGUAUGUAUAUGCUCCUAUUACUCCCAAAUGUAACUGCUGAAGCUCUACAGUUGGAGGGAACACUGGAUGAAAAGGAAGAGUUAAACAGAUCUCUGCAGCUUAAAUGUGAGGACCUCCAGCUGGAGGCACAAAGGCAGCUUGAGCAGAACCAUCAUCUGAAAGAGGAAGCAUUAAAGCAGUACUGCUUUCAGAUCCAGGAGACCAAACUAAAGCACAGAAAGAUUCGGAUGAAGUUUGAGAAUCAGCUUCAGCAAUUAAUGGAGCAGCAUAGAAACCUGUCCACCGUCUUUACUCCACAAAGACUUCCAGCAGAAAUACAGUCUGCAGAGUACACCACUGAGCAGCUGUUGAAAGCUGAACAACAGAAGCUGGAGCAGUUGACCAAGCUUCUGGACGGGUUUAGCCUCACCCAGAAUGCAGAGAUGCACAUGGACACUUGUGAAAAAGCACCAUGAAUACCUCAAACUGAUUUUGCAAACUUAAGCUGAGUAUCUAAUACCUUCCAACAAAUAUGAAUUUUACAGAGCAGCAGCUUAUAUAUUCUUUUCCAUUUUGUUCCAUUGUUCUAAUUUAACUUGUUACCAACUGUAUUGUCAACAAAUGCUUGUGAACAGAUACUGUUUAAAUCCAAAAUCAAACCAUUCCUUACCUAGAAACUGAAAGUUUCUUAAACCAUUUAUUUAGAAUUUAUAAGACACAAUAAAAAAAGUUUGUAAACAA